AAGCCAAAGGAAACGCGUUAAGGAAGUAAGGCGAGGAAUUGUAACAAGAUGGCCAAGUUUUUAAUAAUUUCUGCUGUCGUUCUCCUCGCUAUUAUCAAAACCAGCCUCGCAGAAUCUUGCACUUUCGACAACGACUGUCUUUUCUAUUCAGCGGGGGCACAUUGUUGUGAAGACAACCAGUGUUAUUCUCAAAAUGAAACUUGUCCUGUAGUCAGACUUGCUGGUGGGAUCAUCGCCGCCAUUGUGAUCGGGAUUAUCGUCUUCAUUGCCGUCAUCAUCACGAUUAUUGCUUGCUGUUGCUGUGCUUGCUGCCAAACAUACAGACCAGGACGUGUGAUAGUGACUCAACCCUACCAACAGUUUGGUGUGACAACUACAAGUACUACGACAAACGCUUACAACCCAGGACCACCGCCAAUGCAACCUCCAAUGCAAGGAUAUCCUCCACCGUACAUGCAACAGGCACCGCCUCCAAUGAAGGCUGUUUAGUGUGUACUUUGGACUUAUCGCAUUUAGCACAAACAAACAUUGCAAGCUUUUCUAUAUAUAGUUGUACAAAGUUGUCUUUAUAGUUUCAUAUUUGAAAGAUUAUUGUAUUCAGAUUAUUUCAGACAGUAUUGCAUGUUGCUGGACUGUUUUCGCAUGCAUCAUUUGAAUGGAUGUUGUUAUAUCAUAUACCAGUUUUUCAAAAACAAUUUAUAUAUGUAAUGAAGUUAGAUUUAGAAUGCCUUCUCGGGCAUAAAAAUAAAGUGUUGAAGAAAAAUGA